CGGAGGGGUCAGAGGUCAGCUUCAAGAUGGCGUCAGGAGGCAAUUCUGUGGAAUAAAGUGGUCUUACGCCUCGAGCCGAGGUAGCAGCACGGGCUUUGGUUCAGCUAUUAGCGAGGGAACUGUCCGCGCCUUCAAGCGCAUCCCAAGUUAGGGUAGCGACAGGACAGGGAGCCAAGUCAGCGGACCAGUCAGGGCUGGAGACAGCACCCAACCUGUCCCCAAUAAUGAUGUUCCCGCCUGAGGGCCCAGGGGAGCUGGAACUUGCUUAUGCUGGCCUUGGGAAAAGGAUUAUUAGUACACACAGUGAGAUUGUGGCUCUCCUUGAGGAGGAGUUUCCAAAACCAAAAUUAUUAAAAGAAGGAUGGAUGUUCUUCAAAUCUACAGGUGGGAGCAGACGUUGCAAGCUGUCCAUAAUCCCUACUGACAACGAGGGGUACUCCACAAGGCUCCUCAAAUCAGUGUCCAACAACGGCAAAGACAUAGUGUUUGUUGUUCCACUACAGGAGCAACUUUCCACCGAAGCGCUUCCUUUUGAUUCGCCAGAGUUCGCAAAGAUGCCACAGUCAUGCUGCAUUUCAUGUGGCAGUGAAAUGCCUUUGCAGAGGUUGCCGCUGCAUGUAGAGGGAUGCAAUGGCAAAGUGACUGAGAGUGAACCUGUGACGCCUCUUGUAGAAGAUUGCCAAGUUAUUACGCAGCCUUUUCCACCUACGACAGGGAUGGGGGAAUCCUCAGAGGUUUGCCCAGUCUGUCUCGUAUCAUACCCAGUUGGUAUCCUCCCAUCUCACACAAGCACAUGUGGUGACAGAAUGGGCAGUGCUCUCUGCAGUGGAACAGCUAUGGAAAAAGAAUUACCAGGACCUUCUGUCCCACGAUUACCACCAUCUUUUUCAUCAGCGCCCCCCUGUGGAUGACGGCGCCCCUAGCAUUUGCCUAUACUGCCUAGCCAAUGCACAACUGUAGAAUUAGCUGAAGAACUCUGUCCAAAGGAGAAAAAAUACAUUUUACCAUGGCUAAUUCAAAUUGCAACAUGUCUCUCCAGUGAGACAACAUGUGUUCUGCCGCUCAUGGAGACCAGUGUACUCGGUCAUGUACGGUUUGAAACAUUGCUUUUGGUAAUUUUGGAAGGUGUGGCAAGCUUUCAAUCAGUGUGUUAAUAUGAGAGAGCACCUGUUGGUAUUUGUUUGGAAAAUGUUUUGAGAAGGAGAUCAGAGGCAUGACUACCUCGGCUUUUGGAAAUCUUUCUUUGGCCACGAUAAAAAUUGCCUCCAGUUCCCGUUUUACCUGCUCUCCAUCCCUGGCAUUUUUGUCAUUGAUUCCAAAUGAAAGAGUGACUUUGAGGACAUGAUCCGUUUGCUUUGUGUUCUCCAAAAUGUGCAGGGCAUGGCACAAUCGUGCUCCCGGGUAAGAGUCGACCUGUACUCUGCUGUCAUUGCACUUUGGUAGCCGUGAAGUAUUUGAGUCACCAAGUAUCAGGAUUGGCCUCUGGAUGCUUAGCUUUUAAAUGUGUCAUUGUAAUGCUGGUGCCUUGUAAACAGGGCUUUGUCCUCUGCCACUUGAUCCAGUUUUUCCUUCAGCUUUACUUCAGCUCUCAUCGCAGCAUCCAUAUUAAAAUCAACCAGUUCUUUCUUGACCCAGUUUACUGCCAUGGUCCAUGGCUCCUGCCAGUUUGUGCUGUCAGUAGUGAAGUGGAAAUCUAGUGGAAAUCUUCCUCUCCAUUCUGGAGACUCCACUGAGAGAGCAUGGUUUCACUUUCAUGCAUUUGGAUGGCACCAUGAGUCAAAACAAGAGGACUCGUGUCAUCCAGGAGUUUCAGAGCACUGCAGCAGACAGUCCUGCUAUCAUGCUUCUGUCACUCAAAGCAGGAGGGUGGGGCUUAACUUGACAGCCACCUCACAUGUUUUCCUCAUGGACCUGCAUGGAAUCCUGCUACUGAGGAGCAGUUUAUUAACCGCUGCUGGCUUUCGGGACAGACGAGGAAAGCCGUCGUGACCAAGUUCAUUGUGAAAGACUCAGUAGAGAAAAAGAUGGUGGAGAUCCAUUGCCAUGCAAUUCCAAACGAGUGCUUUGGCAGUAUGUACAGUGUUACCUCAUGCCAAUAAAGCCAGUUGAAUUGAGAGAGAGACUGAGAGACUGGCUGACUCUGUUUCCAGCACUAAGACUGUAUCUGACUGUCCAUCCACACUUGACACCCAGCAGAGGCUGGAUAGUACAAACACUCCCACUGGCCCAGUUGAGUUUUUGAUUUUGUUUACAUUACAUUUUUUUGUUUUUUUGCUUUUUUUAAAAUGCCACUUUUCAAGUUGUCUAUUUUCCUUUGUACUAAUUAAAAGUUAAGUUACAUGCUAUGAGGAAGUGUAUGCCAUAUGAUUGAUCUUAAUCUGUGAGAAGUUGAGAUAAUGGCAAACAUGGUGUUUUACAGGAGGGCUAAUGUUACGUUAGCUCUGUAAGGGAGCGGAUGCUCUGUAACUUUGCAAGGGUACAUCGCAGAGGGUUACGGCCUUUGACAUGAUUCUGGUGUCAGAGUGUCAGAGCCAAAAGUUGUUAUGCCAGAAAGUGUUCAGGAGCAUUUUUCUUGCCAUUUGGAGUCAAUUUGGGUUAAUCUUUUAAAUUUAUAUCUGUUGAAAGUGAAAUUGUUGGGUCCGAAAUCACAUAGUGGAGGAUGGACCUUACGUAACCUUAUGUAACCUUACAUAACCUCCGUAUGGUGUGCCUUUUUCCUGCGAGGUCAGGGAGCAGAAUUACAGCCAAUCGAAUUUGUGCAAAAUAUUUGCAUUUCUCUCGCCCCCUUUUAAAGUGUCAAUAAUGAGCUUAAUCUAAAUUACAGACAAAUCUUUCCAAUUUCUUCACACUGGUAUUUAUUUUAUCUUAUCAGUAUUUAUAUGCCACAUAUGCGUCUCUAUAUCAGUACACAGUGUACCAGAGCAUGUGAGCGCAGCUGAGCGGCGAGAAUUUCUGCUCCCUGCUUUCGUGGGUGUUCGCUGCUUCGCUCCAUCACUCAAAGUUAUACCAGACAGCUCCGCUCAAAGAGUGCUCUCCGCUCACCUAAAAUGUCAUUCAGCUCCGGUGAAAUCGCUCCACGCUCGCUCAAAUUUAAAAGAGGGAGCAAUUCCUGACGUUUUUCACUGAAUUACGGCUGGGACACACUGCCCGAUGUGGCCUAAACUGACAUGCAGCGGCUCUGUUGCUGGAGAGAGCCUGUCGAUUGAAACCCUUUUCAGUUUGUAAAGAACAGUAGAUUGUUUUGGGGUGCUGUGUUCUGUCUGUUUGAGCCAGUGGAUGGCCUUGUACUGCCAUCUAGUGGCCAGUCUUGGAACUGGAGCGAAAAGGAACCAUCGCUCUGGCCUUUGGAUUAAAACCCGCUCUGCGCUCCGACUAUAUUUCACACGCUCCGCUCACAUGCCCUGCAGUGUACAGUCACAAACUUUUACAUCAGUCUGCAUUGUUUUGUGGUGAAGUGUCUGCUUCAGAUGCUUAAAAACGUGCAUGGUUUGAAAUAAAACAAAUCUACCUACAUUUUUUAAAUUUGAUUGUUUGCAAAAGUUAAAAUGGUAAGACGGUAAGACAUGUUUUUGUUAUGGAGAGGCUGGCUCUGAUGAUUUAUUCAUUUUUUUAUGCGUUGGGGUUGUGCAUUGAUAUGUCAAAAGUGCAUGUUCUUUCUGUGCGUCAAAAGUUCCAUCUGCGAGUUGCCCCCGAUAAAUAAAAUACCUGAGCAGUACAUGUUGCCCCGAAACACAUCGGCAAUAUCAAGUAAGGAGCUUGUUGUAUAUAAAAUGGUUCUAACUGGAGCCACAAACCACCAGGAAACACAGGUUGCAGUCAGUUCGUCUUGUUUAUUUCCCAGAAUUAUGUGAAUGUUGGCAUUAUAGUUCUUCCUGGUCGAUUGCCAUGGUUCUCAACAAAAGAGAACAAAUUACAGUAUUUGCCCAAACAAAUUAGACAUCCAGCUCCAAAUAAUGUUAAAUACUUGUAAAUUAGGAUAUAAUUUAUAUUUCAAAUAAAGAACUUCAUAAUCCAAAUGAAGCAGAUAAUGUGCUACUUACAGUGAGGGAUUUCAAAUACACAUGGUAAACUCAGGUGAGCACCAGCACACACUCAGCCUGGUAAAAGUUUGGAGACAAAGAGGAGGGAGGCCUCAUCCAGCCCUCUAUUUAUAAAGUGGGAGGAACAGUGGGAGGUGCUUGAACCACUAUUGCUGGUCUCCUUGUCACGGACAACUAAUAUGAAGGGGGAGCAAAUCUACAGUUUCUAACAGAGCUGUUCAUACCUUUGGUGGUGACGUACAUCAAGGACUUCUGUGAGAAGCUGUUGUUUACUGCACAUGAUCAGGGUGGCAACAUAUAUGUAUAUGUAUAUCAUUUUGAUGACUUUGUUUAUGAUUUCAGUGCAGUGUUUGGUUUUGAGCACAGGUAAAUUUGUUUUGAGGCGAAAGUUUCAUUAUGUACGAGGAGUCAGAGGUUUUCUAAAUAGUGCUUGAAGCUGAGGUUUUGUGUUGAAUGUUUUCAGAAGAUGGAGCACGGUUUCAGAAAUUGUGUUUUAGAGUUUGAGAAAAACUGUAAUAGCCGUCACUGGCAGUGCUCUUAUUUUGAAAAGAUGUAAACCGUGUCCUUCCAGUUCAAAGGACGGACCAGUCCAAUCAGCGACGAUUCCUGUCACCCAAGGGUACCUACCUCUUCCUGUUUGGUUAAUGUCGUUGUGGGUCCGGGUAUCUUUUGGUCAUUCAAAUUUCCUUUCAGAAACGGGUGUUUAAAAACAAAAAACUAGUGGUUAUUUGAUUUUCGUUUUAAAAUGCAAAAAGUAAAAUUGAAAUACACAUACAACAAGGUUUUUCUUUUUCAUGGUCAAAAGGGGAUGAGUGAAAAUUGGAAAAUGAUUCGAUUUUCAUUUUCUAUUUCAUAUAACAAAAAAUAAAAUCACUAGAAAACAGAACGGGAAAAGGCCUGUUUUUUUUUCAUAUUCUGAGACCGGAUGUUGUCAUUUACAGGACGGUGCUGUGUAGAACAAACGGGCUAUGGCGGGGUAAUCUACCGUGACACAUGGACAUGGAACUGCGGUCAAGCCUGCCAUCAGGCUCCGUGGUCAAAUCAGCCGCACUUAAAUUUCGACCAAAAGAUACAUUGACCGCUGUGUUUUCUGAUUUGCAUGUGUGUGUUUUUGAUUUGCACUUGUGUUCUGAUUUGUGUUUUCUGAUUUGUGUUUGUGUUUUCUAAUUUGCACUUAUGUUUUCUCAUUUGUGUUUUCUG